AUGGAGGAGGUGCCCCUGGCUGACCGACCUCGUCUGCGAAAUUACCUUCGUAAGAGACCACUCGGACUCGACAUCAUCACCGAAGGACCUAGUGCUCCGUCGGAUGUGACCGUGGAAAACUUUGCCUUUCGACUCGAUCAAAUCACCUUCAGUAUCACCAAUCGCUUGAACAGCACCAAGCAGUCGAAUUGCACCACUCGUACCCAUUGCAAACUCAUUGUGCGAGGCUACAGAAUAGAUGGUGAGAUUGACGCAUUCUUCAGCUUGUUGCAGAGCCCUUACGCUGGGGAUCGAGCACUUCCUGAUUCUGUAUGGGAAGAGCCAAGACCAUGGGAAUUGCAUCUAUCUUUGGAAUUUUGGUUGUUAGCCAUCCUUCACUCUCCUGUUGUUCGAAGCCUCCGACCAGGCGACAGCCCGGGCCUUUACCAGAUGCGCGACGAUAUUGACAGGCGAAAGAAACUCAAACGGCUUCGUGCCGUGGCCAGACGGGAUAUUAGCUGGCCUGAAUACAAACGUGGUGGUGGCCAAUUGCCAGUAUCAACGAUCGGAGCGUUACUAAUUGAGAUUCUGCGCCAUGCCGGCAUUGUGUGCACAACCCCGACCAUGUCUUGCUCCAAGCAAGAUCCCUACCUCAACUUGAAGAACGAGCUUGUCAAGGGAGUUGCAGUCGACGACGCUGGGAGCAUCAGCCGCCCUGACCUUUACUCUGUGUGGGGAAACACUCUCCUUCCAUGCCUCCUAGCCGGGGAUAAUUAUUCGAUCGCUCCAGCUGCUGAAGGCGACUUCGAACACACCGAGUACGAACUUGGCCGAAAGCUAGAACUGUAUCUCACCAACAAGUACCUGGACUGGGCACCUGUUGUUUCCAACACCUUUUAUGAGGUGUUUAUUCACUGUGAGGGGUCGUACUGCCACGUGAAUCAAACCACCGGCUCCAAACAGAACCCAGUUCAAUUUCAGGUUGCAUUGAGCUUCGUCACUGGUUUUGUCAAUUGUAAGGGAGCAGACCCUUCGGAUAUUAUCAUCAUCACCCCUGACAAGGCGAAUGUAGAUCUUGUGGGGGAUAUGCGGAAGGGGUCAGAUGACUUGAUGCUGUCUGGAAUGAAGCCAGUGACGAUCAUUGAGGAUUUCCAAGGUUGCGAGGGCAAGAUCGUCGUGGCUAUCCUUGGGGUUAUCCAAGCAGUUGGCCCCCAGGACCUUGCUGAAAACCGACUCUUGGCUGCGAUGCUCAGUCGCUCGACAUGUGGCCUGUUCAUUGUCGGCGAUAUCAAUACAUUGGGCGUGAAGAACCUAAGCGAUGACUUCUCCGGGUACAAGGCAAAGCGUCGCAAGAAGCGUGCGUUUUAUACCCCUUCUUUCAUGCUCCGCAAUGUAUUGAAAAGGGUGAUAGAUACAGGGAGAGUCAUUCGUGUGUAA